ACUUUGCAUACUUAGUGUUUCCGGUGACGAGUCGUGUCGAACAGCAUGGAUAUGGGCAGUCAUUGGGAAGAUUUGAGAAAACUUGCUCGUCAAUUAGAAAACGAAAUUGAUUUAAAACUAGUUUCUUUUUGUAAACUGGGAUCCAACUAUGGCUCACAUAAGGAUGUCAGUAAUGAUACUUCGCCUCUAUUAAAUAAGUCAGGAGAUCAUAUGUUCCAUACAAUGUCAAUGGAAAUAGAGCAAUUACUUGCAAAGUUAACUGAACUGAAUGAUCGCAUGUCUGACUACUCCCAAAAAUUGGAUGGCGGAAGUCACAAUGCAGCUCUUUUACAUACAUUGCAAAGACAUAGAGAUAUCCUUCAAGACUACUCACACGAUUUUAAUAAAACAAAAUCAAAUGUUUUAGCAUGUCGCCAGAGAGAACAACUACUGGGUUCUGUUAGAAGGGAUAUUGAUGCAUAUAGAACCUCAAUAGCUAGCGGCCCUAAUCGAAGAACUGAUUUAUAUUUAAAGGAAAAUGAGCAUCUAAGAAACUCGGAAAGAAUGAUUGAUGAGCAGAUUAAUGUUGCCAUGGCAACCAAAGAAAAUCUACAACGACAACGCGGAGUUUUCUCUUCAAUUUCAAAUAAAAUGAAUUCACUAGCUAAUCGGUUUCCUGUUAUCAAUUCUCUCGUAUCUCGCAUUAACAUUCGCAAGAGAAGAGACUCUAUAAUCAUUGCUUGCGUAAUUGCCAUAUGCAUUAUUUUACUACUCAUCUAUCAAUUUCAUUGA